UGGUGGCGGCUGCACCUGAGGCUGCUGUGACGUUAGGAUGAACGCGCCUCCCGCCUUCGAGUCGUUCUUGCUCUUCGAGGGCGAGAAGAAGAUCACCAUUAACAAGGACACCAAGGUACCCAAUGCCUGUCUGUUCACCAUCAACAAGGAAGACCAUACGCUAGGAAACAUCAUUAAAUCGCAGCUGCUGAAGGACCCACAGGUGCUGUUUGCUGGCUACAAAGUCCCCCACCCCUUGGAACACAAGAUCAUCAUCCGCGUGCAGACCACACCAGACUACAGCCCCCAGGAGGCCUUCACCAAUGCCAUCACAGACCUCAUCAGCGAGCUCUCCCUGCUGGAAGAGCGAUUCCGGGUGGCCAUCAAAGACAAGCAAGAAGGAAUCGAGUAGUGGGCUGCACCCCGCCCUUCCCCAGGCACCAGGUGGACAAAAGCACUUCCUCCAGCCGUGGGCCUCCU